CUCUCCCCUCUCUCAGUGCCUCAGCCUACAGCUCAGAGUGAAUCCGCUCUCACUUUCCCCCCGCCUCAGCUCUUCACUUCACCCUCUCCUUCUCCUGAUUGACUGACUGACUCCUGCUGCUCUUCUUCAUCCUCCCUGACACCCUCUCCUGAUCCUUGAAGACACCAUGGUGAACAGAUAACCACCCGGCUGUCCUGACGACAUGGGUGCCUGCCUCUGCAAAGGUCACAAAGAGCUCCAGCACCCCAUGACAGUCCUGCAGGACCACUCUGGGGAGGGUCAGCCGUCCUCUGCCAAGGAUGGGAAGACCCCCUCCAACGGCAGCGUGACAGAUAAAAGCAGCCGCUACGACAUAGGCGAGCUGGCCACCUCCUCUCUGAUUGGUCUGGUGGCCACGAUAAAGGAGCACAUCACCCAGCCGACUGCGAUGGCCCAGGGGCGAGUGGCCCACCUGAUUGAAUGGAAAGGCUGGGGCGGAGGCGGCGAGGCCAGGGGAGGAGGUGGUGGCUGGAGCAGGGCCUGGGGUAAAGGAGGCGGCAGCUGGGGGGGGAUGGGGGCCGAGCUGCAGGAGGAUGAGCAGUUCUACUCCCAAAUGACGGACGAGAUCAAGGAAGCUCGCUUCGCUGCAGGAGUGGCGGAGCAGUUUGCUCUGGCUGAAGCAGCCAUGAACAUGUGGUCGAUGAAUGACGGUUUGGAGCAGCCGUCCACCAGCUUACAAGCCUCACAAAAUCACUACAUGUCGCAGUUCCUGAUGGACAGUGGAAACAUCAGCGUCCCCCAGCACCUUUACAGCAUCCACCCACAGACGUAUGACAACAGGACGUCCCACCUGAUCCCUGUGCCGAUGGCUGACUCCAUUUCUCCUACAUCCAACUCUCAAGACAGAGAUCAAGCCUUUGAGGACAGAAGCCCCGCGACUGGAGAGUCUGCUGUCAGACACGUAGACAGCAGCUCGCUAUCAGAGGAUGACGUUUUUUAUAACUAGACUCGAAUGGAAAACAAGCCAGCAAUCAUGGUGGCAAUCUCUGAAAUGGGACUCAAUGGGAGGACAUGACCCUCAGCCACCAGCAAUCAGAGGAACAAAAUGAAAACGCAGACUUAUGUGAAAUAUCUCAAGAGGCAAUUUGUCAAAUGGUGGGUCUGAAAGGGUUUGAACCCCUGAUCUAAAGACAGAGACUCCAAAGACUUGUGUUUUUCUCUCCAGCUGAGGUGUCCGCUUAUGUGAAUGUACAUAAUCUGUCACA